UGUCAGCCAAAGACAGCUACUUUGAGAGUGGAAAUUCUGCAGGCUUUCCAUAGAUGAUACACAUCGGGCCAAAUAAGACUGCUUUUACUAGUUGCAACCACUGCCUGGUGUCAACGUGUUUGUCUGUGAAUGACAGGCAAACUGGGUGUGACCAACUUGGCAUAGAUAUUAAGAACACAUGCACAGCACAGUCAACUGAGAAAACAGCGGAAAGGCUGACGGUUGUUGGUUGUUUCGGCCCUGAAACGUAAUUUUGAUAUCUGUCCCUGCUGCGCGUAGAUACAGUGGAAGCGCUAGAGGGACGCUACGGAAGAAAUGGAGGUGAUCAGGGCGAGGAUGGGAUGGGUGGAUCCUGCGUUAGAGCGGCUGUUUGACUUGCAAAGCAGGCGUGGGUGCUCGAGGACCGGUCAUUGAGAGAAGGCCCUUCCCUGGAAGUGGAGCGCGUGCAGGGGAACAGACAGUUACUGGGCUGCCUUGUGCUGGGCUGCGGGCCUUGUCACCCAUAGGCAUGAAUUAGUGAUAAGGAAUGUUUCAAGCCAUGAGGAGGUGUCAGGAUCAGACAGGCAGACGCACAGACGGUAGGACGGAUACACGGGUGGGGGCUGUGCUAGGCGGCUCGGCGGCAGGCUGGUGGAAGAUGUCGUCAGGAGCUGGUGGGAGGGGCGGAAAGCAGCUCAGGGGGACAGCAAGCGCCGGGGGCGGAGGAGGGCGAGGAGGGCCGGGCGAGGCGGAGGAAGGCCCCGUGGGGAUCCCUUUCCCCGAGCACAGCGCCGACAUCCUGGGCAGCCUGAACAAGCAGCGGCUCUCUGGCCUGCUGUGCGACGUGCUCCUGGUCACUCAGGAUCAGGAGUUUCCUGCACACCGCUCCGUCCUGGCCUCCUGCAGCUCAUACUUCCACAAGCUCUUCACUUCAGGUGCCGCUGCCGACCAACAAAACAUCUACAACAUCGACUUUGCGCCAGCGGAGGCUCUGGGAGCGUUGCUGGACUUUGCCUACACAGCCACAUUGACAGUCAGCCACAGCAGUGUGGCGGACAUCCUUGCCGCUGCUCGCCUCCUGGAGAUCUCACCUGUCCAGGACGUCUGUACUCACCUGCUGGACACCAAAGUGCUCUCCCCGCCGGCGGGCAAUGAGCAACGAGAUGAGGAUGAACAUAAGGAGGGAAAGGGCAGAGGUGGCAAGGAGCAGGGGAACCGGGCUCGGGCCCGGGAGUACCUGGAGUACUUCCAGAGAGGGGCGCACUGGAGCAGCAGCUGCAGCACGCCAGAGCUCAGGGACCUGCCUACACACCUGCACUUUAACCACGGCAAUGGCCCUAGCAACGGGGCUCCUGGUGGCCCUGGUGAGUACUACUCCCCCCUGGCACUCGCAUUGGCCCAGGCCCCAACGCAGGAGCCAGAAGAAGAGGAUGAGGAUGACGAGGAAGAUGAGGACGGGGAGGCAUUGCAGGGGAAUGGAGCAAGCCUGGGGUCGUCUUAUUACCCACCAUCCCAGAACGGGCACCUCUACCUCCCACCUGACACAAGGCUGGGGCAGGAGACCGAAGUGGAGGACAGUGGUAGGGAGGAAAUGGCGAGGGAGAGAGGUUCAGCCAGUGCCCUCCUGCAGCAGAUGAUGGACUCCAUCGAGAGGCAAAAGGAGCGCGCAACAACCGGGGAGGACCUAGGAGAUGGGGACGACCCAGACAUGGAAUUUUACUUGAAUUAUUUUAACAGCACACAGCAUGAGGAUACGUCUUCUGCUGCUGUGACACAUGGUGUGCCGCCACCCUGGUUAUCACGGGGCAGUACUGGCCAAGACAGAGUAGGAGGAGAGAGGGUUGUUGGAGAGAGAGGCAGUGGGGGUGGAGGAGGUGGAGGAGAGAGGAAGAUGCGCUCUAAGGCCUUCCAGAAGUGCCCCAUAUGCUCCAAGGUCAUUCAAGGAGCAGGCAAGCUACCCCGCCAUAUCCGAACGCACACGGGAGAGAAACCCUAUGAAUGCGCCAUCUGCAAAGUGCGCUUUACCAGGCAGGACAAGCUCAAGGUUCAUAUGAGGAAGCAUACAGGAGAGAAGCCUUACCUGUGUACGCAAUGUGGAGCCGCCUUUGCUCACAACUACGACCUGAAGAACCACAUGCGUGUACACACAGGCCUGCGCCCCUAUCAGUGCUCAAGCUGCUUUAAGACUUUUGUGCGCUCCGAUCACCUGCACCGCCACCUCAAGAAGGACGGCUGCAACGGCAUCCCCUCUCGUCGAGGUCGAAAGCCUCGGAUGAGGGAGCCAGGGCACCUUGAGUCCCAGUUGGGUCUGCUGAGCCCCAGCUCCGACACAGGGCCUGCGCCUCGUACCAUCAGGGGACGGCGGCGUUCAGAAGCAACCUCAGCGGCGGAGAUGGAGGGGGUAGCUGGAGCUCGUGCACACAGUCCUCAGCUGCAGGAGUUUGCUGGGGAGGCUGGGCCUUGAGACUGCAGGGGCAUCAAGGACACUGCUGGAUACCAUAGUCACUCUGCACUGCCUGUGAGACAGGCCAGUGAACAGAGGAGAAAAAAGACGCAAAGACAGACUUAAAAAAAAAACAAUUUAACAACUAACUAUUCCUCUAUAAACCAAAUCAGGGUGUCACAAAAAUCUAAUCUUUAUAUUUCUUUCUCCUUUUACUUUAGAAAAGAGUAGACUUGCAAGCACUUGAGUCUGUGUAUCUGUUAAAGAGCAAAGAACGCUUCACAUCAUACACCCAUCACGUCCACUUUCUGGGCCAUUUCCUUCUUUAUAAUAUUAGGGGUUUUAUACAUUGGCAUAUGGGCUUAGGCAAAUGUAUAAUAGAUACGAAGAAACUCUGAACAACUAUGCAGUUGAUUUAGAUUUUUAUUGGUUUUGUCCUCACAGCCUUCAAGCUCUAAGCAAGGUGUCUGUCAAGCACCUUCUGGCUGCUGUACGGGUGAAGCGAGGACAAAUCCUCCCGGUGAAAACAACUCUUUUUCUAUUCUUUUGCAGGUCUGAAAUGUACAGUUACCAUAGAAACAACAUUGCCACAAUAUGGCAUAUGCAAGGAAAACGCACCACAGUUUUGAUGCAACAGUUUUCUCUCUCUAAAUGUUCCAGAAAGACUCAGACGAGGGUUUGGUUGAAGUGUUACUUACUCUAAAAAAAGCAUUUUCAGAAUCUAAGGUUUGUCUUAUUGAAAAACAAAUUGACCUUGAGUCGAAUCCACGUUAAUGGGGACUCGUCAAUUGCAGGACUAGGGAAAAUGAGGGGUGGAGGGAUUGUGUUUUAAAAGCACUACCAUCGUCAAUGUGUCUGUUGGCUUGACUACAUGGCCUCUUAUUCCUCACAAUUCUGCAAUUUCAGCAUUUCUGUUUUCCCUUUUGAUUUUGUCUUAAUUUUUUUUUCUUUUUUUCCGUUCCUUUUUGUUGACUGCUUCGGGUACUUGACACUUUAUAAUUGUAUACAUGUAUAUACAGCAGGUGGUAAAUAUGACAUUGGUCCUUUCUUAAUGCUGAGGUGUACUUACCAAUCGGGUUUUUUCCUCUUAGGCUUGAUGUCAUAUUUCUCAAAGAGUGAAGCUUGCGGGUGAACGAAAAAAAAACUGUAUGAAUGUUUGAUGAAACAAAAAAAACAUAAGUCACCCAUUUGUCCUAAUCACUUGACAUGUAUAGUUCCUGCCCAAAGGAUGAGGAGGUCGAUCGAAUGAAUGUGCUUAACUGCAGUUUUUCGGAAUCUGUCCUUGUGUGACAAGGCGCGGGUAGCAUUUAACCAACCGCAGGUUAAAAGAAAUGGCAGGGAGCCCAAGUGAGAGAGUGACAAAGAAUACGAAGAAGAAGAGAAAGAUGAGCACCUUUUUUUUCUAUGUUUGCACAGCUUUACUAAAGAUAUCCAACCGAGCGAGUGUGAGAGAGAGAGAGAGAGCGAGCGAGAGAGGUAUAUUUAAAGGAAGUGGGCUGGUGUCGGGGAAGGAGCGAGAGCAGGUUUAUGUAUCAUGCUUAUUCCAAUUCUUUUGCCCUGGGGACCACACAACCGUGAGGCAACCUGUAUGAUGAAGAGAGCAAUAAAUACCUGUCCAAGUUGGGAGGCCAAAUAGGAGCGCAGCUGCAGCUGGUUGAUGGGGGGAGGGGAACAAGGGAAGGGGAGGGGGAUCUCACAAUGUCUGUUGCAUUCCAAAAAAUAAUCUCCCCCAGCUCAGCCACGUUUCCAGGCAGGAGGGGAUCAAAUCAGGCCUUUUCUCUCCCUCGCGCUCCCUCUGUAGUCCUCUAAUGCCCCCGAACCAGCCUGGAGGGGAUAUUAUUAUAUUAGAGUCUGGUGUUGCUGUGGGUAGUACGCCUGGUACUGGCAGUUUAGUGUGCGAGUGUGUUUACAUGUUUGUGUGUUUGUGUGCAUGUGUGUGUGUGUGUGCGUGGCAGCCAGGGUCCCUCUGGCCACAUCAUCACUGUGUGAGUCAGCCACAGCCUGUUCAAACAUGCACCCUGAGCUGCCAGCCCCACUGCACUUUCUCUGCCUCACACACACACACACACACACACACACACACUUGCUGAGUGCAGGUAUCCUGUAGAGAAGGGGAAAACACUAGAGCUGAUACAUCAGUUAGAUAUUGUCAGUGACUCCCUACAUCUGGAUUUGUCCAUUUUUAAAUCUCAACAUUAUUUCCAAAGCCAGCACACUGAGCCUUUGAAUAUAGAGGAGAUCACACAUAUGGGUUUCGAGCCCCCCCCCCCUAUAACUUAAAUAGUCGUGCUGUAGUUCAACUACCAGUCCCCUUUUGCACCUUGAUUGGAAAGAGGCAGGUUAUGAAUGCACUUUGUCCCUGAGGAGGGCACUUUUGUCAACAAAACGGGUACUUCAGAAACAAACCAUUUGCAAAUGAGAUAUGUCCUUUCUUCUGCCCAUGGGGUUGAAGUCAAGCUCCUUUGCUGGUUCUUUUCAGUUUUUGAUGACAAGCUGCCAAGAAAACGAAAAAAAUUGAAACCUUGAUUAUGCUAAAUCGAUCUCAGAAAGAGAAGCCAGACCGGUUUCAGCUACAAACGUGUUGAGAGUUCUGACUUUACAAAUGACUAAAUUAAUCCAUGUGACGGAUUGCACUUGAAGUUAGUUGUCAAAAAUAAAUCUAGUGUGUUUUUUAUGUCUUAAUGUCAAGAAAGGGGGAUGGAAGGAUGAGGGAGAUGAAAAAGAAAGUGUGUGUCUGUGCGUGUGCACAAGCAUGCAAUGCUGGCUGGCAGGCUGGAGGGUCUCAGGACAAGCUUGGAUAAACAAACUUCGUGUCUAGCCCAUCUGUUCACCAGCUCCUCUCAUAACUACACAUGUUCUCCGAGGAACCACAGUGAUAAUAGGUCCACGGUACCACACAAGCAAAAAAAAAUACCAUAUUGUAAAACAACUCAUUGGACAGUGUUGCUUGUUUACUUCACAGCUCCCUCGGUGCACAUUUGCACAAAUCUUCGUUUACUCUUGUUGGUCAUUGUCAGAGGUUGGCGAGGUCUUCGCAGUUUGAGUUUCUAUUUUUGCUUCUCUGUUAUGACAAAGAUGGGGUUUAUUAUUGCACAGUUUGGCUCCUACAGGCAGACCAAUGCAACCUGGGUAUCUCGACCUGCUUUGUGAUCUUCAUGUAUAGUGGUACUCGCCAUGCACUCCUUAAAACCAUUUGAUGUGGCAGAUUUUUUUUACCUGUUGAGACCUGUGAGCCAUCUUAAACACAUGUUCUGUUGGACCUUCAUAUUUGCCCCAAAUGUCUUAUGUUGUGUGUUGAUUAACCAAAGCUUUUUGCCCUCGAUCUUAGUCUCUAUAGACUAGAAAUAUUGAAAGUAUGUCUAUAAUUUAUUCAGACUGGGCCUCCCCUGACUAAGCCACACACAGAUGCCCUCUUCUUGGAUGCAUAUGCAGAAAUGUGUGUGGAAUCAUGCAGACAUUUACUUGAGUUCACUUUCCCUCGCUCUUUGUAUGUGGCAGAUAGAAUCAGAGGCUUAAGGAUGUAUAGUUUUUUUCUGUCUACACUCUUUCUUUUCUUAAAGUAACGUGUUGUGCUACAGCAGUUUUUUUCUAACAAUUUUACAUGGCUGUGCAUGUAACUGCGUAGGCGUAUGUGUUUGAGUGUGUGAGUGUGUGUGUAUGGGGGGGUGGGAAGAGGUUUUUUGUUGCUGUGCCAGGAGGGUGGGGAAAAUGGGUGCAUGGGUGGGGUUAUGGAUAUAAAGCCUGAUAGCACUGGAAAUGGUGCUUAAGCUGAGAGAGCAAAAGUUUGCACUAAUGUUAAAUGUCCUUGUCCUGCUUAUGGGAGAAGGGCAGGAGACCUCAGAGAGGCCUGCGAGUUUCCAUGAGCACGGAGCUGCGUGGUGAACUCACUCAAUGGUCUCGUAAAAAAGUCCAUCCAACCCCCUCCAUAGAAAUAAUCAUGUACAGUAUAUUAAAGAAGUACACAGACGUCCAACAACUACAAAUACCAAAGGAAAGCAUGGCUUGCAUUCAAGUCAUUGUACGUUUUAAAGCUACCAAUCUAAUGUUGGAUUAAUAGAGUUUUAUUGUUGAAUCUGAAGUCUCUUGAAAAGAGAUUCUGGUUGUAGCUUCUGAUGGAAACUAGAAGUGGUGGGAAGACCGGAAAUCAUAUUUGCUCUUUGUAUUUAAAUAUAUUCCAAAUAAAAAAACAUUUAGGCACUUAAACAGUAGCAAAGCCUCUCGAAAACAUCCUGAUCUGACGGCUGAGAUGUAGCGUGUGGCAUGAUAUUGAUUCCGACUUGUUUUCAACUGAAGAGAUGGGAUCUUGAUUUGUUUUAUGUUCAGUAAAAUGAUAAAAUGAUGAUUACAACUAUUGUUAAACACUGUUAAUUUCAUCAUCACUAAAAAUGGAUGAUUUCAUUUUUUGAAAAGGUUGAAUUGAAGUCUAAUGUUCUCUAAUUGAAGCAGACUGGGACUUUUUGGCCUUGCCUGAGCAGCACUAAGCUUAUUUUUUAUUUUCCUUGUUUACCACACAGUGGUAUUGUGCAGUGUGUGGCUGAGGCUCACACCCACCAGGUGCUUUAACUGGGCAGGGGCCGGUAAAACUUGCACUCUCUCCUUUUCUGUUCACCCUGAUCUUUGUUUUCUACCCAUAACUUAAGACCAAAAGUUUAAAAGCUAAUUGGAUUGGUUCGGAAAUUGAUCAUUCUGUUGUUUGAAUUUGAAUUUAUUAAUAACAAAGUCGUAGUCGCUAGAUCAGAGUUGCGUCUCCAUCAGCAUCUGUGGCUCCAGAACUGGUGCGUCCCCAGCCUCAGCCCCAGACCAAGGUCACUGACACAGUCUCAGAGGUGAUUUCAAUUUGACCUUCAUGUUCUUUUUUUUCUUUGUUGCUAUCAAAGACUUUUGGUGAAUCUAUCUGAGAAGGCCAUAAAACAAAGACGACCAACAAUGAUGUGAUAACAAUGAUAACUGUAAAUAAUCAAGCUGAAGCUGGACAGGAUGACUGUUAUCACAGCGAACUGCAAUGACGGCAGAAGUGGGACUUGUUAGCUUUGCCGCGUCAUUCUGCCGCAACACCUGAUUUCUCUGUGUUUUCCGUGAGGCUCUCCGUGCACACCAAGCUGAGUGCAGCAUAUGCAGUAUGGCCCCGUGCGCAGCGUAGCUCUGGCACUUACACAGACAGCCCUGGGUCCUUCAGAGGCUGGCUGCUGUCUGUUGGCUGCUCUCAGCCAAGUGGGGACAGUUUGCACUUGGAGUCUCUCUCAGUCUGGAGGGAUUCGGAGGUUUAGCGUACAGGGAGGAGGAGGAUUUAAUACGGGUGGUAGGGGAAGGCUGGAAGUUGUUUUCAGGGAUGAGGUUAGAAAGCCCAGGUGAUCGACUAUUUAUUGGUUCAGCGUUGCUACUCUAAGCUGGUAGGAAUUGCAUGGCCACAGUGUGAUGUGAAUUGCAAUAGGAGGUCACCAGAUUGGAGAACUGCAACAAGGAGAAUGUUGCUGAUCUACUUUGUCUCUAUGUAAGUUCUUCUCAGGUGGAAAAUACACUGCUAUGCAUUGGUUUCAGCUCAGUUUGUGGUUGUGUCUCAUCACCCCCCCCUCUCCGUCUUUGCUUUUCUUCUUCAUACCAAUAUUGAACAUAAUCCUUCCCAUAAAGGUUAACAGCGGAACACUUCCCUCUAUUAAAUUUAAAUAUAUAUAAAGAUAUAUAGAUCCAGGGUUUGUAUAAGGGAAGGAAGCCGCUGGAGAUUCAGUCUUAAAAGUCAGACGGUAAAAAAAAUUCUGAAAGGAGUUGGGUUUGGAAAAGCACAGAUGCAGAGCGUUGUAUGUUCUCUCACUUUCUUCUCCCAUCGCUCUUCCUCUCUGUGGACUCGGAGUCUCUGCUGCCGACUGGCCUUCAAUCAAAGAUCACACACCUUCAGCAGGGGAAUCAGCGAGAGAGGGAGGGGAUUGGAUAAUGUCUGGAGGAAAUCUGCCGUUUCAGUUUUCAGUCACCUUAAACCAAUUAGUAAGAUAUAUUCCAUUACUUCAUACUAUUGAUCAUCAUAUAUUUUGGUGAUCUUGGCAGGUGUAAAGGAUGAGAGCUGGAGACGACAGUCGGCUGUUUCAGUCCGUCUGUCUGCGCUCACUAUCCCACCACUAAGAGGCUGACAGACAGUUGAAAAGGCCCCCGGCGUACUGCUAUCCAACUGCCUUUUUUCAGCUUCUGCGAUUGUAACAAAAAGCACUUUGCGAAAAGGCCAUCCUGAAUUUUGUGUGCUUUUAUUUUAAGGUUAUCACUAUUAUUGUUAUAUUGUUGAUCCUGUUGUUUAUUUGUUUGUUUUGUCUUCUCAGUGCGGAUGAUUAUUUAAAUGCAAAAAUAAUAAUAAUAUGAUUAUUGAAAAAAGAAAAAAACUUGAACAUUUUCUAUCUGGAUUGAAGGUGGUUUGAGCUGCCACCUCAGCUGAACAUAAACAAACACAUCUCUGUUAGACCACCAUAUGCAGCUGUUGCAUAGUCACACAAUGGUGGUGUGUGUGUGGGGGGGGGGGGCUCCAUCGCCCCCCCAAUACCUGCUCUCUGCUCACUAUCUCAGAUCUCGUCCGGGGGGGUGGGGGGUAAGGUCAUUCAAGCUCAUUUUGGGAGACUCAUUUUCUUGAAAAGAAACCUGUAUAAGAGUUACAAAGCUUUCUGAGAAGGCUAGCUGUGCUGAAUGUUAAACAUGCAGUGUUGUAUCCACUGCAGAAUCUCUUUGUCUGCAAUAACGCCCUCUCUGUGCAGUUAAAGGCUGGAUCUGGUAUCCAUGUGGGACUUACAUGAAAUGGAUGAAAUGGCCAAAUGACCAUCAUGGACUUUUGCAAAUCAGAACAGAAAAUGUGUUUUUUGGCCUUAACAUCUAUGUCAAAUCAAGAUUGUUGCAGUAGAGUGGAAAAGAAUAAUAUUGAUCCUAAUAAACGUUCGAUAAAUCUAUAGUUCAGUAAAUGGUUUAACUUGGGAGAGACAGAAAUAGGCUACUAUUUAUAAUAGAUUGAUUUGUAACUGUGAUGAUGAAGAUAAUUCUUUACAGAGUUUUUUUUUUUUUUUUUUUCCCUGCUGUACAUGUUAAGAUGGUGGAACACGUCCCAGUUCUCAUAUCUGGAAGUUCAACUGUAAAUGCGCACAGAGUCGCGUGAGGCAGAAACUGUUGCUCUGCUGGACAUCUGACCACCUCCCUGACGCUCUAUCCCAACCAGAGAAUCACAAAAGAAGCAGAAUACCUGCUGUGAAUUCACUAAUUGGCACGAGUUUGGUCAGAAAGUAAAGCAUCAUUCAGCUUUUCAACAGCAGCCGUUAUCUCCCUGACGUGAUUCAGUGUGGAUUUACUUUUUAAAUAAUCCCUAUUCUCAUCACAAAAUUAGUUUAAUUUUUUUCAGCAUCGCAGUCUGUCGGUCCAUAUCUGUUGAUAGCUGCAGGGAGGGGGGGAUAUGGGGGAUUUUCGUUUUGUUUCUCUUUUUUUUGAGAAUUUGCACUUUCUUGGUGACGAAAAAAAUUGUAUAUGAGACCACUAAAUCCACACAGUCUAAACCAUAUAAUUCCAUUUUUGUGUCAUUUUUGUUUCCUGUUCUUCUUUUUUUAAUAUAUCCAAAAAUGUCUGGCAUCUGGUUGUCUGGUUCAAAGAAUAUAAAAUCUUUCUAUUAAAAACAAUGGUUGCAAA